UAAAAUUAGCCGAAAGAUAAAUGAUUCAUUGUGCAAGAUUUUCGGGAUAUCGAGAAAAAAAAUUCGUUUAUUUCCCUUGGGUGUGUUGACUAAACACUGUGAGCGAGUCAAGGAAAAAGAACAUUCGCAAGGUGGAGCUAGAAAUAGGCACUAAGUCCUAAUAAUCUCUGUCACCUUAAAUCUUCCUACACAUACAUAUAUAUAUAUAUAUAUAUAUAAACCUGGAAAAUGGAUGCAAUCAAAAAGAAAAUGGCCGCUAUGCGAACAAAACUUGAACAAGCUGAAAGUCAGGCACAGAGAGCUGAGGAGGAAUUAGAUGCUACAAAUCAAAAAGCAGAUGAUACUGAAGCAAAAGCUGAAGAACUCCAACAAACACUGGCUGCUUUGGAAGAUGAACUAGAUGCUGCUGAAUCCAGGCUAGCUGCUCUCACAGGCCAGUUAACUGAAGAAGAAAAAAAAGCUGAAGAGGCACGAAGGGCACACAAAGAACUUGAAAAUAGAGGACAAACAGAUUACAGUCGACUUAACCGACUUGAAAAAGAGUUGGAAGAGCUUAAUGCUAAAAACGAAGAAGUUGUUGAAAAAUUUGAAAUUAUAAGUUCAGAAUUAGAGGAAGCCGAAAGAAUACAAGAUGAAGAAGAAGAAAGAUGUAGUACUGCCGAUGCUGAGGUAAAAGCAUUAGAAGUUGAUGUUGUGCAAGUAGGAAAUUCACUGCGAAGUAUGGAAAUAAACGAAGAAAAAGCGUCAAAAAGCAACGUCAAGACGGUGGAUAAAUUAGAAGAGAUGACGGAUAAAGUUGAAGAGGUGAAAAAUCGAGCUGACGAAUCUGAAGCAAAAGCUAAAGAUCUGGAAGCCGAAUUAGAAGAUGUCGAAGAUGAACUGAACAACGUAAAAGACGAGUUCAAAAAAGUAAAGGAUGAUUACGAUGCAACGAUCGCCGAACUUUCUGAGCUGUAAUCACACAACGAUCGCCGAACUUUCUGAGCUGUAAUAUCACACAACAUGUAAUUUAUCGCUUUGUAUUUAAACAAGGAAAAGAAUCGAAUGAAAAUUAAUCAGGGGUGGGUCGAGGGAUCAAGUAUUUUUUUUUCCUUUUUUUGAAUAAUAUAAAUUUAUAUCAGAUACUUUUAUAAUUUUCAACUUUUAUUUAAUUUAUGUCAAUACGAAAGAAUAUAAACGAAAAAGUCUUUUUCUGUGGCGAAGGUAUAUAUUUUUUCGAAACAAAAACUUCGUAAUUCGUUCGGUCACGUAUAAAAAGUAUAUUACUCUAUUUUGUUGUCUUGUUUUUAAAGUGAAAAAACUUUUGUAGAAAAAAAUUCAAAUUUGUCAA